AUGUACACCAUUAUGAUAUGGAUUCUUGCCUUCGCGGCAAUACGAGCAGUAGUUACUAGCACAUCGUGUCUCCAAGAUUUAGAGGAUGAUGUGUCUGCUAUGAAGAGGGAUAUAGAAAGUCUCAACAAAGCAGCUUUCCCUGAUACAGCAGAUGAAUGUAUUGGUGAAUUUAUUGUAAGUGGAGAUCACCGUAGAAUUCCUGAUCUUAGCUUGACAGCUUCAUCAAGUCACUCUUCGUAUCCACCAAGAAAUGCAAGACUUGGGGCGUCUACUUGCUGGGCUGCUGGAAUAAAUGAUGAGAACCAGUGGAUCCAGGCUGACUUGGGUGAGGUGAAGCGAGUGUAUGGUGUAGUAACACAAGGCAGGGCUAAUAGUGAUCAGUGGGUGAAAUCUUACAUGAUUUCCCACAGUCUAAAUCACGGGACACCAUUUACCGAAAUUCUUACGAGAGAUGGCCAUGGGGUUUUCAAUGGUAAUAAGGACAGACACACUCCAGUAUUGAACAUGUUUCAAUCUGUACAAGCAAGGAAUAUCCGUAUCAGCCCAAAAACAUGGUAUGGUUAUGUUUCCCUACGAUUUGAUGUCAUCGGAUGUCGUGCCUAA